AUGAACACUGCACUCAGCGCAGCGGUCGAGGUCGACAGUGUAACGGGGCAAACCACCCGUGGAAAGAAGGGGCGUGUAGCUGGAGCCCGAACGUCGCCAGCGACAUCAGGAGAUCCUAAUCCGACUCGAACCAUGGUAACAAAGACCAUAUCUCCGUCGGACGACGGAACUGUUAAGCCAUCGAGCGCAGAAAGCCCGCAGAACCCGGAUGAAAAUGCGAGAGUGGCCAGAAACGCGGAAAGUGACGCAUCCAGCGAUGAGGCAACUGAGGGGGUCGGCCCUCGUGGAGGCACAGCAGCUGGUGGACGAAAACUCAGCCGGGUUGGGAAAGAGCUCCAGCGGCGUACGAGUAAGGUCAUCAGUACGAUCAACACCAAAUUUAAGCGGGAAUAUUCUCGUGGUCUUCAAAUGCGGGCGGUUGUCCCUUCAGCGGACAGUCUGGCAGUAUCUGCCGCCAAUUCCACGAGCACAGGUUUCUUCUCUCCGCCUUCCUUUCAACUAACGCAAAUAAUUCAUGACGCCAGAUGCUUUCUUCCUCGAGUGGGACAUGUAUGCGUCCCUUGUGGAGGGGACAUUCUCAUUUUUGGUGGAGUGGACCACGAAAGCACCGUCACCAACGAUUUCCUGCGAUAUGUACCGGGACUGAAUGUUUUCGAACCCAUUAAGGCCCAAGGCGACUUCCCAUCUGCUCGGUCGUACUGCACGAUAGUUCCCUGGGUGGCGCCUGGAACAAGCCGAGAACAGCUAAUUCUCUUCGGAGGUUGUGAUGAGUGUGAGCAGUUGUCCACGACAUACAAGUAUGACCCACCGAUGCGGGCGUGGACAGCAGUCCGAACCGAGCACAAACCGCCUGCACGACAUGGUCAUGUGGCCUUGGUCAACGACGGACGAGUCUAUAUCCAUGGAGUGAUGGACGACAUGUGGCAGUUUGAUGGUACAGAUUGGACCCAGGUGCAGUAUCGGUGUCCGAAAGGAGCUGCUCCUGGGACACCAUCCCCGGAGACGAUUGCAAUGCCGGCUAGGACAGGUCAUACGGCAUGCAUGUGGGUACACAGUCGACACAAGGUUCCAUGCUUCUACUUCUUUGGCGGUGAUAUAUCUGGCACUGGAUCGGCAACAAAUGAUCUUUGGAUAUUCACUCUAUCUACCUGUCGGUGGAACCAGAUUGUUGACUAUGCUGGCAAUGCUCCACCACCGCGAUUCAAGCACGGUUCAUGCAUCUUCGAUAACCACUGGAUGCUGAUUUGUGGUGGCGUGAAUCACGGCUGGUUUAGGGACUCUGUGCUUGGUGAUAUGUACGCCUACGAUAUGCAGGCGAACUGCUGGUUUUCAAUUACUGUCCAAUCUGUGUUGAGUUCGGCAAACGUGGAGUUGUCCAACCUGACCGUAAUCCAGAGCACGAGGGCCGUGUAUUCAUUUGGUGCUCGCGAAGAGGGUACAAACAGCGCGGUGGCAACCUGCGAUGUUUUCCGGUUGUCGCCGUUGGUGACGUUUGUUAGCUUCAGUGCACUCCGACACCAGGUGGAAGCACUAGACGAGAUUGUGAAACUGACCGGUGAAACUCAGUCAGCUGACAAGGGGGCGAAACUUGCCCAGAUGCAGCAGGCAAUCAGCAAAUUGGCGGAAGAGAUGGCUGCCAUACGGGAAGAGAAUGAAAGCCUGAAAAAGCGCUUGUCAGAAGUAGAGCGGUUGGUGCCUCGCUGA